UUGCUCGCGAGGGUGACAUUCCCUGACCUUCCCCGAGAUCGAUAAAACUUCUAACCCGAUAAAGUCGCCGUUAAAAAAAAUCGAGCUACCAUUGAAAAUAAGAUUUUGAAGUCUAAUUUUAGUGUCAAGUUUAUUCUAAAUUACAAAACUACUCUCAAAAUAGAUCCACGCUGUAAUCUGCAAAAUUGUGCGACUCAACACACACAAGUUUUUAUUUCCCGUUCCUAUCGCGAAUAUUUGUAACAUAAUAAUGAAUACGGUUCAGUUAAGUGGUAGUGGACAGUUUAAAAUGCCCAUUGUUGGAUUAGGAACAUGGAGAGCAAAACCUGAAGAAGUCAAAAGUGCCGUGACUGCCGCCCUUGAAUGUGGAUACACGCAUAUAGACACCGCCUUCAAUUAUAAUAACGAAGAUGCCAUCGGCGAAACCUUAACAAAGUGGUUUGAAAAUGGAAAUGGUAAAAGGGAAAAUCUUUUCAUAACAACAAAACUGCCUCAUGUUGGAAAUAGACCAAGAGAUGUGGAAAAGUUUUUAGGAAUGUCAAUGAAAAAUUUGCAGGUGGAUUAUUUAGAUUUAUAUCUCAUCCACAUGCCUUUCAGUUUCUUUUACAACGAGGACACUUACACGCCGUUACAGGAAGCAGAUGGCUCCUUUAAAUUAGACACAAAUAACGAUAUUGUGGGCACAUGGAAGGAAUUGGAGAAGCAAGUGAAGAAAGGGUUGAUCAGAUCGAUUGGACUCUCCAACUUCAAUGCGGAACAAAUUCAGAGAAUUUAUGACGCGGCAGAAAUAAAACCUGCAGUGUUACAAAUCGAAAUGCACGCUUAUUGUCAGCAGAAGGACUUGUUAGAGUUGUGCAAGAAACUUGGUAUAGUUGUCACAGCAUACUCACCCUUGGGUAGUCCGGGAGCUAAUAAUCAUUUCAGCAGCAAAUACAACUACUCUUUGGACAACUUUCCGGACAUUUUGGGUCAUCCUACAGUAUUAGAAAUUGCGGAAAAAAUGCAAAAAACACCAGGACAAAUUCUUCUAAGGCAUCACAUACAAAAUGGCAUAACAGUGAUUCCAAAAAGUUCAAAUCCGGCUCGUAUAAAACAAAAUAUUGAUGUAUUUAAUUUUACAAUAUCUGAUGAGGAUAUGAGCAAACUAGCAGCUUUAGAUCAAGGAGAAGAGGGAAGAAUAUUUGAUUUUAAAUUCUUCAAGGGCGCCGAAAAUCAUCCGGAAUACCCAUUCAAAAACAGACGAUGAUGUAUGUUUUAUAAUUUGUAUUAAGAAUUAGAGUACAAAACAAAGUAUGUGAAUUGAACAAUUUUAAGACGUUACAAUAAACAUUGACACAUUUCA